AAAAUACAAAUUGUGAUAUCCAACUACAAGAAGAAGAGAAAGGGAUCUAUCAAACCUGAGGAACCAAAGGAACUCUCACCAUAUCAGAAUGUUAUUGAAAAGUGCCUGGGGAAGGCUGCCCCAGUGUGGAUCCAAGAUGAUGCAGCCACCAUGUGUAUGGUGUGUAUGGUAUCCUUCAACAUGGUACGCAGGAGGCACCACUGCCGAGCUUGUGGCAAGCUGAUCUGUAAGACAUGCUGCAAGAAGGCUCCACUAGAGUACAAUCAGGGAAAGAUUGAACGGGUCUGUACAGUAUGCUACGAUGUGAUUGUAAAUAAACGAAAUGCAACAAGCUCAGAAACAUCUAGCGGGAAACGCUCAGAAACAUCCAAUGGGAAACAAACUCCAAAGAAGAAGGGCAUCCUUCAAGUGAAUGCCAGCAAGGGUCUACUGUCUGGCUACAUGAGCUGCAGUGAUGAUGGUGGCCACAGCUGGCAAAGGUUCUGGCUCACAGCUCACAAUGAUUUUGUUCUGUACACUUUCAGAGCUCACGAGGAUGUUAGUGCUGUGAACUGUGUCCCUUUGCCUGGUCAUGAAGUGGGUCAGCUGUCAGACAUCCCAGGGAGGCAACAUGUUUUCUGUCUGAGCCAUAAGAAGAAAAUUGUGUGGAUGUUUCAAACAGACAAUGAGAAGCAGCUCAGGAGGUGGAUUUCUCUUUUAACCAAGUUGUCACAAGCUCAACUACCUGAUGAAAAUUCUCGACUGUCCUCACAAUCGAAUAGCAGUAACAGCUCUACUAUGUCAGACAGUGGUAUUAACAACAGCAUCAUGGCCUGCAGCAACAAGCGGGGCAGCACAUACUCUGGCAGCCAAGCGGAUUCGGGCUACCCAGGUGACAGCAACAAUAGCCUGGCUGUUCUAGCGGCUGAUGACAAUGAACAUGAGAGUUCUGAAGUCAUUCAGGGUGAUGGUGCGGAUGGGGUGUUCAGUGAAUAG